UUCUUUCUCUCUCUGUGCGCAAAGGGGAAGGUCUUCGCUAGUGGCCUUACUGCUAGGGAAUGUGGGGAAUACCCAGCAUGUAAGUGUAUGCAGAUGAGGCGCAGGCUGCCUUGCGUAAUCUCCUCCUGUGGGGAAGAAGUAUGUGCAUGGUUACUAAUGAGCAGAUGAGGAGGCGGAGGAAGAGCAGAGAGCGAGCGAGCGAGCGAGCGCGAGAGAGAGAGAGAGCCCCAGAGGAGGCGACGCGACACGGCUGCCGCUGCUGGGCUGAGGCACCGCUCUGCCCAUGUCAAGGAAAUGAAUUGCUGCUUUCUUGGAUGCUGGUGACAAUUACAGGGGGCAACAGAGGCGAGAUGCUGAUAGGAGACUGGAGGAGAGAAUAAGCACCAGACUUCUCCUGGGAACUUGCUUGGGAUAAAUCAGCUACAAGCCACCAAUGAAUAUUUCUAAAGAGGGCUGUUAAACUAGGGCAAGCAGAACUGCCGGCGUUUACACACAGGAGAGAAACGUGCAGAAUAUUCUGGAGAGCCAUUUCUAAACUGGAUUAAUGAACCAAGUAGUCGUCGGACCAUUAUUCACUUUCAUCUCUGACAUCAACAGAGAGGAAGCUUCAAGAUAGUCAUGUACAGUAGAUGCCAAGAAGAUGCAGACUACUGCAUCUUUUGGGGAGGAAUGUCUAGAACCCUGCUUUAGUUGACGAGCAAAUAUAUCCCCCUGGAUCAUUCUUCUUCUGAACACUUAUAAACCAUGGAUAAUGUUCAAAUGCCACAUCAAGUCUUGAUGGAUGUAUAAUAAAACUGUUCAGAGACACUUCCUGCCAUGAACAGAACUGUGUGACAAUUAACCUUUAUUUAGCAUAGAGCUACGAAAGGUCUAAUGCCUAUAAGACUACUGCGUGGACCGUUCCACAGAGAAAGAGAAGUCUGUGAACUUGGAACAGCUCUGGAGAAAUGGGAGCAACUUAACUUUAAAAAAGCACAGCACUGGAGACACUUCAUGUGCCUAAACAGCUUUCGAGUGAACUAGCACUUAAGACCUUGCGCGACAAAAUGGACUCCGGAGAUACAGCUGUAGGGCAAAAUGCUACCUCAAGGUCUGGAGAAACAGCUAAAGUACCAAGUAGAUGGAGGCAGGAACAUUCGGCUAAUGUUAAGAUGAGCGCACUUGGCAGCCUGGAAGGACAGACACAAAGGGACCCCGAACACAUGGGGGACCCGGCAUCUGCACAGCUUUUCAGUUCUGGGAAAGGAGUGUCAUCUAGCGACGUUGCCCAGCAAGCCACAGACAAGCAAUACCCACAGCACCUUCCGAGUCCUUACUCAUGUCAACAUUCGCUUUCUUUCCCCCAGCAUUCAUUGCCACAAGGAUUCCUGCACAACCUGAAGCCGCAUCAGAGCCUAGAAGGCCACAAAUGGCAGUUUCCUGGCCACCUGCAGCCAGUUGCCUCCGAGGACUUGUUUCCAUUUCACGUGCAUGGCCAUAGCGGAAGCUUCUCCAGGAAGAAGGUUUCGAGUCUGAACCCUGCUUAUAGCCAGUAUUCUCAGAAGUGUAUAGAGCAACAGUCGGAAGAUGGUCAUAAGAAAGAACACAAACCCAAAAAGCCUGGCAAAUACAUUUGCCCGUACUGUAGCCGGGCUUGUGCCAAACCUAGUGUACUUAAGAAACAUAUUCGGUCUCACACUGGGGAACGUCCGUACCCUUGUGUCCCUUGUGGCUUCUCGUUUAAGACAAAGAGCAAUUUAUACAAGCACAGGAAAUCGCAUGCCCAUGCGAUCAAAGCAGGAUUAGUACCUUUCACAGAGUCGGCUGUAUCUAAAUUGGACCUAGACGCCAGUUUUAUCGAUGUGGAGGCAGAGAUACAUUCAGAUGGCGAGCAGAGUACAGAUACUGAUGAAGAGACUUCGUUGUUUGUCGAAGGUUCUGACAAACUGAGCCCCGUUCCACAGAUUCCAUUGGACAUCAGUAGCAGAAGUGGCUUUCACUCAUCCAUAGAAGAAUCCCUGGGAGGCCCAAUGAAAGUCCCCAUUUUGAUUAUUCCCAAAAGUGGCGUGCAGUUACCGUGUGAAAGCUCCCCACACGUUGGAUCUGACAAUCUGCAGAACACGCUAAUUAGUAAGUCUGAUGACUCUCACACAGUUAAGCAGCGACUUGCACUAAGACUAUCUGAGAAAAAAGGGCAGGAUUCUGAGCAGUCAUUAAAUCUCUUGAGCCCCCACAGCAAAGGAAGUACUGACUCUGGUUAUUUUUCGCGCUCAGAGAGUGCCGAGCAGCAAAUAAGCCCACCAAAUACAAACGCAAAGUCUUAUGAAGAAAUAAUCUUUGGAAAAUUCUAUAGGAUUAAUCAAAGGAUGGCACAACCUUUAGCGACAGCCAAUCAGGAUCGUAGCUCGAUGGGUAGAAAAGGCAAGGCAGAGCCCCUACCUCUCACAAACCCUAGAUUAGAAAUGAAGAUGCUUGAAGAGCGAAUGUCUCCGAAUAAAGAAGCACUAAUUGAUCCUAGCAAAAUGAGCACUAUAAAAAGUAGCCAAGUCUUUAACAACAGCAGUAUGGAAUCCAAACAGUCUCAGAAUGUCACAUCAUCCAUCAAAAGUGAAUCAAGCUUUUAUCCAGGAAGCCACCCAAGUGAUUCAUCUCUCCUAGAGCCACCAGCAGAUACAAACCCGCUUAUUAGAAGCAACUCCAUGCCGACGUCGUCUGCAACCAACUUGAAUGUCCCUUCAGCUUUAAGAGGAAGCCAUUCAUUUGACGAGAGGAUGACUGGUUCUGAUGAUGUGUUUUACCCCGGGACAAUAGGAACACCCCACCAGCGCAUGCUAAUACGACAAGCGGCCUUUGAGCUGCCAUCGCUGCAAGAAGGACACUCAGAUUCAGAGUACCAUGGGAGAAUAGCAAAGAACAUUAUGGUUGCUUCCAGCAGGUCAACUGUAGGAGAAAAAGGGUCGGGCAUGAGAGAGAAGAAGUUGCUAACAGGGGAGAGGGCCUUUUACGAGGGGGAUGCCUCUGGAAAGCACUACAGGAAAUGGGAAGAUUAUGGGCCUUUGAAGCAAAGCUAUAGAGACACACCAUCUCUGAGCGGGUCAAAGCAAGGGGGAGAAUUUUAUCCUGAAUCAUCUGCACAGUUGCAGGCGGUGUCUUCUACAUAUAGCAUUACCUUUGAAACUAGAAAGCGCAGAAUACAAAAGAGUGUUGGAGAUGAGGAAGACACCCCAUCCCUGUGCAGCGGUGCUUCCGGCAGCCCUAUGAGUGGUGAUUUUGAUCCUAAAUUACAAAUCCAUGAAGGGCCAAGGACCAGAUAUGCCGCCCAAAGCCACGACAGUUCUGUGCACCCGGACCGCUUUGAAAUUUGCAGACCCCACCUGCAGUCUGGAAGCCCAGCCACAAGCUUAGAAGAGUGCUCCUUGACAAGUGAUCAAGAAAAGGCUUCGGAGUCCCUGAGCAGAAAAGGCAACGUAAUCUCUGUCAUUCAACACACAAAUUCAUUAAGCCGGCCCAACUCGUUUGAAAGGUCCGAAUCUACAGAGCUUGUCGUUUGCCAGCAAGAUAAAAUGUAUUCGUCAUCUGAGACUUGUGAAAGUGAGAUUGCAGAUUCCCCAAUGAGCCCAGAUAGGGUCCCGCAAACAGAACAUGCUGACAGCAUUGUUUGCAAACAGCCUUCUUCGUCCCAACAUUCUCAAUCAUAUCACAUGCAGCCCAGGCUUGUUCGCCAGCAUAAUAUACAGGUACCUGAAAUCCGUGUCACAGAGGAGCCCGAUAAACCCGAGAGAGAGAGGGAAGCCCCAGCCAAAGAGCCGGAGAAGCCUGCAGAAGAGUUCCAGUGGCCACAGAGAAGCGAAACCCUUUCUCAGCUGCCGGCCGAGAAGCUACCUCCGAAGAAGAAACGCUUGCGGCUGGCUGACUUGGAGCACUCCUCUGGAGAGUCCAGCUUUGAGUCCACGGGGACGAGCCUUUCUCGGAGCCCUAGCCAAGAGAGCAAUUUGUCCCAUAGUUCCAGUUUGUCCAUGUCCUUUGAGAGGGAGGACAGUGUCAAGUUCGUAACGUCAACAAGGCAGGAUGAGUUUGGCAAACAGUCUGAGUUUUUAACCGUCCCAGCUGGCGGUUACUCACUCUCUGUCCCUGGGCAUCACCAACAGAAGGAGAUGAGGCGUUGCUCGUCCGAACAGAUGCCCGGUCCCCACCCUGCUGAAAUCCCUGAGAUCCGAAGCAAAUCCUUUGACUACGGGAAUCUGACUCAUGCUUCUGCAGUAGGUCCGCCUCCUACCUCUUUAUCUCCAGCAAGAGAAAGGAAAAAAUGCUUUUUGGUUCGCCAGGCUUCUUUCAGUGGUUCUCCGGAGAUUUCCCAAGCUGAUCCAAGCAUGGAACAAAAUAUAAAGCAAGAGCAAACGGAGCACGGGCAUGCUGGCCUUCGGUCUUCCCACGUGGCUUGGCCUCAUUCCCCCUCUUCUGUCCAAUCGGAUGACUCCGGGAAGCAGUCCGCUGGUUCUUGUCCCCCACGCAGCACUAGUUUAUCUCCACUUUCCCAUUCCUCAACCCCACAAGCACCUUAUAUUCCAAGCAAAUACUCAACAGAACAGCAACAUCUAUUUGCACUGCAGGAAAAGGUUCCCUUUCUCCCCUUCCAGAACACGUUGUUGCAGUUUCCGUAUCCGUCGGUCUGCAUGGUUCACUUGCCGUCUCAGCCCCUGUGGCCUUCAGAACUCUCUCAGUCCCCCUUUCCACAUCAUUUUGUACAGCAGCUUCAGAAAACUUACUCCAAGCAACCUUUCUCAACUGAAAGCCACCCUGGUUACCACCUGGAAUAUGCUCAGGAGCAUAUCAGAAAGAAAACUGCUGAUUAUGUGCACACUAAAGAGCAAACCUACCAGCGUUACUCAGGAACAUCAGGACAGUAUUCUAAAAAUGCACUUGCAACAUACCAGCCCGAUUGUAGCAUUACAUCAACCAAUACCUCUUCUGAACAACAGCUACAGGUGGAUUUUGAAACCCAGAAUAUUGGGCCUGCCCAAUCGUUACCGGGCACAGUUGUUCCCGUUAGGAUCCAGACCCACGUGCCAUCCUAUGGUAGUGUUAUGUACACGAGCAUUUCCCAGAUUCUUGCUCAGAGCAGCAGUCCUGCCAUUGUCAUUUGCAAAGUCGACGAAACUCUUUCUCAAAGGACAUUAGCCACCAGUGCAACCAUGCAUGGCAUAGGAUUCAACAUAGCGCAGAUGUUAGGCCAGCAUGGAGGGUUGUGGAAAGUACCACAGACCUUGUCCCUGAACUUAGAUCCCUCCAUCCCAUUGUGCUUAACCUCCAGCUCAGAUAGUGCCUCUACCCUAGGCGGAAACAAGCGAAUGCUUUCACCGGCAAGCAGCCUGGAGCUCUUCAUGGAAACCAAGCAACAAAAGAGAGUAAAGGAUGAAAAGAUGUAUGGGCAGAUUGUUGAGGAGCUAAGUGCUGUAGAACUCACCAGUUCGGACAUAAAGAAAAGCUUCCCCAGACCUCAAAAGCCUCAGCUUGUUAGGCAGAGCUGUACUACUGAGCCAAAAGAAAGUGUGCCGUCCUCCUCUCCAUUGCCGUCCACAUCAUCUCAAGAUUCGCCAGCUACCAACAUGCCUCCCACUGAACUUUCCCCAGUAAGCAGGGAGAAGCUCCCCAGCUUUGACUCUGCUUCUCCAGGGCAAAAGUCUAGUGGUACCUCAGAAGGCCGAGAAUCCCCAGAAGAACUGGAUGUAGAUGAAGCAUCAUCUGACAUGAGUCUCAGCCCCACCAGGUUGCCAUCAGCGGAAAGCCAGAUAGAAGAUGAACCCAAGCAACAGAAAUUGCCGUUUGGUAUGUUGGUACAAAUGGCAUCGCAGCCAAGUGGGAAAGCAGUGACUUCGACAAUUCUCCUGACAGAUCUCACGGACUUCCAGCAAAUCCUACAGUUCCCUAGUUUGCGCACUACCACAACGGUGAGCUGGUGCUUCUUAAACUACACAAAGCCUAGUUUUGUUCAGCAAACAACCCUGAAAUCGUCUGUUUAUGCUUCAUGGUGCAUUAGUUCUUGUAACCCAAACCCAUCAGGAUUGAAUACAAAGAUUACCCUUGCACUCCUGCGGUCCAAGCAGAAAAACAGGACGGAAAUCUAUACACUGGCUCCAAUGUAUAGGCCUGGAACAGGGAAACUGACAUCAUCAAGUGCAUGGAAACAGUUUGCUCAGAUGAAACAGGAGCCGUUCUUCUUAUAUGGCAGCAAGUUUGAAAAGAAAGUAGCGGGGAAUGUUAUCAAGGAAAGAAUUAAAGGAGACAGCCAUGGUGAUAAAGAUAUUGUAUCCAAACAAACUGAGCCAAUGCGAAUUAAGAUUUUUGAAGGAGGGUAUAAAUCCAACGAGGAUUAUGUAUAUGUCAGAGGACGAGGGCGUGGAAAGUACAUUUGUGAAGAAUGUGGGAUUCGCUGCAAGAAGCCAAGCAUGCUCAAAAAACAUAUCCGAACUCAUACAGACGUACGGCCUUAUAUAUGCAAGUUGUGCAAUUUUGCCUUCAAAACAAAAGGAAAUCUGACAAAACAUAUGAAAUCUAAAGCACACAUGAAAAAAUGCCUGGAGCUGGGGGUAUCUAUGACAUCGGUGGAUGAUGCUGAAACAGAAGAAGCAGAAAAUAUGGAUGACACACAUCAUGAAGUCAAGAAGAGCAGCAUGGCUGGCUCGUCAACGGAUCACCAGUUCUCUGAUGCUGAGGAAUCAGAUGGAGAUGAUGGAGAAGACAACGAUGACGAUGAUGAAGACGAGGAUGAUUUUGAUGACACCCUUGGAGAUUCAACACCCAAAACAAGAUCCCGAAGCACUAGCCCCCAACCCCCAAGGUUCUCUUCAUCUGUGAAUGCUGCUACAGCAUCCUAUGGGGGUUCUCCUGACAGUUCAGUGGGACAUUCAUCCUUGAUAAGUUAUCUGGUCACUUUACCAAGCAUUCAGGUUACUCAGCUCCUCACACCAAGUGACACUUGUGAUGAUUCACAGAUGACAGAAUAUCAGAGAUUUUUCCAGAACAAAAGUACAGAUUCAGAACCGGACAAAGAUAGGCUUGACAUACCUUGCUGCAUGGAUGAAGACUACAUUGUUUCUUUGGAGUCCAACUCUCCUAGAGACUUUUCAUCUUCUAGCCGACAGUCCUCACCUGGGUAUGAUUCUUCACCGUACAGAGAUAAUUCGCCAAAGAGGUAUUUGAUGCCCAAAGGAGAUUUGUCACCUAGAAGGCAUUUAUCACCAAGGAGAGAGAUUUCGCCCAUCAGACACGUAUCACCAAGGAAGGAAGCUGUACUGAGGAGAGAGUUAUCACCACGGAGAGAUGUGUCACCAAGACGCCAUCUAUCACCAAGGAGACCCAUGUCACCUGGGAAAGACGCAUCCUCCCGAAGAGAUCUGUCUCCACGAAGAGAGAGAAGGUAUAUGGCCUCAGUUAGAGCAGCAUCACCCCGAAGAGGGUUGUACCAUAACCCAACAUUGCCCAUGGGCCAGUAUUUGCAGUCGGAGUCAGUUCCAUUGGGACAGUCGAGUUCAAGACCAGGAUUGUUCCAGGGACCUUAUUUCAAUAUUUCUGGGGAAAAGGGACUUCUGGAGCAUCACGGAUCUAGCCUGUUCCCUGAGGGUCCUACUGACUAUGUCUUCAGCCACCUCCCACUACACUCUCAGCAGCAGCUUCGCGCACCCAUCCCAAUGAUGCCCAUUGGUGGCAUCCAAAUGGUCCACUCGGUACCUGCAGCUCUUUCAGGUUUACAUCCUCCGUCCAUCUUGUCCCUCCCCAAAGAGGGCUCUGGUGAAAAGAAGAGGGCAGCUUCGGAAACCAUCACUCAAGAAUCGUGCAUUGUUUUGAAGCACCACGAGAAGCGCACCUGCCCUCACGCUCUGCACUCCGCGGCUCAAGGCGCUGCACUGCCUUCUCAGCUGCUGCUGCUGCAACAAAGCACUUCGGAAGAUGGCGUCAUCGAGAGGGAGCAGGAGGAAAACAUACAGACUUGUACAAAAGCCAUAGCUUCUCUCCGAAUCGCAGCCGAGGAAGGCCUACAUGGGACAGAGCAGUCGCAGAGGGAUUCUGAGCCUCCACAGAAACCCUCGGAAAGUGCACAUUUUAGCAUUAAACACUUUAGUGGCUCCGAGCCAGGCCAGAUCUGUGCCUCAGCCACCUCCCCUGACUUGCACAGUGUCGAAAAGGACCUUUUUGGUACAUCACAGACUGCGUUAUCUCAUUCCACCUUUUACAGCAAAAGCAGUGCGGAUGUCAGACAGUUAGGCUAUCUUAGUAAGAAAGAUUCCCCAUCAAGCACACCGGAAAGAAGAGAACCACCCUCCGAAAAAAGCAACCCACAGUGAUCCGAAAAUGUGUGAAGACUUUAAUACAUGUGUUUACUCCAACCCCUGACUCCCCUCCCCUAGUGAUAGAAGGAAGUAUUCAUCUUUAUAGCAUGCCGGUUCUAAGUUACAGUAGUUUGCUAUUAUAUAUACUUUUGUUAUAUCAAAAGAAUUGAGUAAAACUACAAGUCAUCAUGAGCCUGACCAAAAUGAAAUUUCAAAGUUCUUAUUGGGUCUGGUACUUUUAACCUGUACAGAUGUUUGUGCCUUUUCUUUACUUUUGCUUAUAUUCUUAUAAGCAUUUUUUUAGCGGUAAUUUGUACAUAUUUUAGAAUUUGUGUAUCUGCUUUGUAAUAAAUGUAAUUUCUUUCCUUUUUUGGACACUUUGACCUAAACGAUGUAAAGCAAAAAACAAAAAAAGCAUCAAUAUAUAUGUGAGGUUGCACUAAAAUAUUUUUAUAUGAUUAAAACUGAACAGCUUUUAUGUACAGCUCUGAUUCUGUAAUACUAAUAUUUAUUUACUUUGUUUCAUAAAUUGUACAUUUUUUCUUAAUGUUGCGGAUUGCUUUUCUAUGUGAAGCAUGGGAUUUACUGUUGCAUUAUUAGAACAAAAAAAAUGUAUAUUGUAAACAAGAUAUUUAAACUAGAGUAUCUUAUUCUGCACUUAUGCAUUAGUUUAAAACAAAAAUAAGAUAAAAGGAUGUAUCAGUCCAUUCUUAACUCUUGUAAUUUUUUGUCUCUUGUUUGCUGGAUCGACUAUAACUUAAAAGUGCUGAUUGUGGUUUUAAAAAGAUAGUACCGUAAAGCAUUAAAGUAAAACCAUGUGCUAUUGUGAGUUUUUUCAAAGCUUUAUAAAACAGUUAUAAAUAUAUUAAAAGUAUUUGGUCUCAUGUGAACAUGUUGCUCUAUAUGCUCCUUUAAAAGAAAAUGGGAAAACAUUCCACCCCAUGUAAAUAUGUGCGAAUUAAAAAAAGCAAAAGGAAAAAAAAGCGGUGCAAUUAGAUUGUUUGGACACUUAGAGGCCUCAUCCUGCUCCAAGUGAAGUCUGCGGAAGUUAUGAAUUUGACUUGAACGGAAGCAGGAUCAGGUGAUAGGUACCACAUAUCUUUAUUAAAGUGUCUUUAAAAAAGAAAAGAAGAAGAAGAAUGGAACUCUGGCUCCCUUGGCUUUGACUAUAGCGGAAUCAGGCUUCCAGCUCAGGUGAGAAAGCAUGUUUGACUGUAUAGAUCUCUGUUAUCGGCGGGGCCGGUAGUUGUGGUCGUCAGUGCUGGGCACUGCAUGCAGGAAGGUGGAGCCAUGGAAAUGAACUGGAGGGGGGCGGAGCCUCCAUACUAGUUGAUAGCCAAGGAGCCUAGUCAUAUUGCCAAGUUAUCUCACUCAUAUGUGGGGACUUUAGGGUGGGUUAGGGGAGGGAAUAUUAGAUGAAGGCUUGGCAGCCAUUUCUAGACAGCCAAGACAACCGGUAGGCAUUUUCUCACCAGAAUAAAAAUUACCAUCCCAAUACCUGUAUGUUUCAUCUAAGGGAAAAAGUCAGCGGAGACAAUGAAUUCUCUCCUUCAAGAUUUAGGGCAUUUAUAGCAUGCAGUGGUAUCAGGAGGAGACGGGAAAGAACCAUUGCUUACUUGUUUGGAAGGCAUGAUGGAGGCCGCUCCCUUCACCCUGCCCCUCCCCAAUAUAAAUACAUACACCCAAGUCAAGAAAAUUCUGGGGUCUUUUCUGUGCUAUUUAGUGGAUUAUAAUUCUGUGAAAAAGUUUGUAUAUUGAAUUGCAAUACAUUUAAGGAGUGUUCUUUAAAAAAAGAAAUAAAUAUACAGUUACAUUACA